AGAGAGGGCCCCACAAGGAAAAAAAAACACACAACAACAAAACAGCCCUCUUGCUCCUUGCCAGAACACCCAAACUUUGGGGUCUUUGGAAGUGAAGCAACAUUAAGUGCUGGCAGUGGUUUCCAGCAGCCAGACCAGUUUGGCUCAGGUUGUAACCAUAGCUUCCAAUAUUCCAGGGGGGUGGGGUGGGGUGUCUGUGCCCACACUGCUCCCAUUGGACCCGCUGACGGUCUGCCUCUGAAUUUCGGUGGAGUAUCGGCGAGAGAAGCACCCUACAAAGCUCCUUGUUUUGAAGUGAAGCAUCUCUGGGUGGGUGUUGUCACUGACGCAGGAUCAAGAAUGCCAUAUAUGUUAGCAUACCUCCAGAUGCUGGCAUAAUGACAGUGGCCCUACCAACUUUAAAGUAUUUAUUCUUAUAGAAAGAGCUCGCUAUAAAAUAGUACUGAGGAGCCUUAAAACAGGACCAACCAACAACCACAAGUUCCCUGAUGUUUUAAUUCUUGGCAUGCAUUUUCAGCUUUGUGGGUCAGGGCAAGGGGGAAGUCCUCUGUGAAUUCCGGAUGUCUGAGCUCCGAAACAAGUGCAGAGAGAGAGAGAAAAAGAGAGUCUUGCGUCAGAGACCUUUUGGCUUCCUGCCCAACGGCUUAGGUCCCAGGUGCAGACUCUUCCCAGGAAGGCUUGAGAAGAAGGCAGGGGAGAGAUUUUUCCUGGGUGUUCUCAUUGUUUUGGCAACAAACGGGUUCAGGGUAACCUUAAAACAAUGCAGCAAACUGGAAGGGUCACAUUCCUGACCAAACGAGGUCUCUGUGUCGUUUCUGAGAGCAGUACAGGCAGGAGAAUUUGGGUCACUGCCCCAGAUUUAGAACAGACAAGCAGUGUCCUGUGCUACCUUGCAGGGCUGUUGUAAGGCACUCCUGCUCAGUCUGGGGAUAAUAACACUAGUGUGCACAGCUAGAAUCGCAGCCAUUUUUCAUUUGGUUAUGGAGGAGAGGGAACUGUCGCAGUCUCUGGAGGUCCAUGGGGCUUUUUCCAGGUAGGACUCAAACCCAACACUCUGUAAAUAGGACUCAAACCCAACACUCUGUAAAUGCUAAAUAUUUUACCAAAUAGCAUGGAACCUUUUGAGCAGCCUAUAACCUUUCACCCCACUAAAAAUUAUGGAGAAGUCAAGAGUUUGCACACUUUCGUGUCAUUUUGGUUGGUCGAAAGGAAGGCACUAAUAGGAGCAGAAAAUAAAGGAAAGAAAGAAAGAAAGAAAGAAAGAAAGAAAGAAAGAAAGAAAGAAAGAAAGAAAGAAAGAAAGAAACUUCAGGUUGGGCAUUUGCUUCUUCAUGGACUUCCACCUUGUGUCUGAGACCAGUUGGCUGCCUGCCCAAGGUCUACAUCCUCCCAGGAAGGCUUGUGUUUUCAUUUUGCUUUGUUUUGAAACUUAGGACUAGGGGAUAAAUCACGGCAACUCACAUCUGAGCCAACAUGCUGAGUCAAGGCAUUUGUGACAUAUACCUUGGGCAAGAUGGGUUACGUUUCCCUCCUGCUCUUUUAAGAUGCGGGAAGGAAAACUUGUUGAAGAGGAAGGCUAGCAAGGCUGGCCAAGGGAGUUGAGCCCUCUAGGAUUAACUUCCUUACACUCUGAAUGAUGGAGCCUCCAGUGUUCAGGAGCACUCUAUCUCUGGAGGACGAACAGAGAGCCCGCGUGGGGUGGUAGCUGAAGUGGUGCAGGGGCUGGAGGGAUCCAGGUUGAAGUCCCUGUGGGGCAAGAAGGGUCCACUUCCUUCAGCCAUGCUGGACUCAGCUGCAGCUGCUCCUUCUCCUCUCUUCCUCCAACAGACACAGAUUCAUUCGUCAGGUUUAAAGUAUCUGCUGUCAUCUCAAGACAAGUUUAUGAAUGAGACGGUAUUCCACCCACAUGCCUGUCUCCGCCUCCGGGCUUCAGGUAUUGGCUGGGAGGCAAGUCCCGCCAACAUUUUUCCACCUGGGCAGAAGGAAGGAUCUGGGUUAAAAAAUAACCAAGCAUUAUUUUCCUCUGCCGGAUAAUGGUACAGUGGCUAGAGUUCAAGAAACCACUAGAUUUGCCCUCCAGUACAGCUGGUUCAGCUGAUUAGAGCCGCUUAGCACCAGGUGAAUCCUGAUUUCCAAUAGGAAAAAAAAAAGACCAGCUUUCAGCCAAAGGAUUUGAGAAGUUUCAGCAAGAGGCUAGACCUCAAGGGAAUCCUCAGGGUGCCGAGCAUCAGCUGAUGGCCUUGCCUGGUGAGAGUGUUGGUCAACAUCUACAGGACAUCCUAAGAAGCACCUUCAGGAGAUCUGCUUGGGUGCUGGGCGGAGAGACGCAAUGGGGCCAAACGACAGCCCUUGAAUCACUGGUUUAAGUUCCCCAGUACUUGUGGAUUUACCGCUUGGAGCCACAUGGUCCUCCUGGGAGUUGGGCAAACUCUUCCGGCCCCCAACUGGGACGGCUAUGCGGCGGGGGGACCCACCCAUCAGCCACACUCGCUGGGUCCCCUUCAUGCUCCUUCUGCUUGCCCCUCAUGCUUGGGGUCACGGAGACCCAGUUCUGCAGAUGGACGGUGAGCCUUUGUGGCUGCAGGGCAGCCGCCACGUCCGGAGCUACCACCACCUCGAGGGGGACGUCCGCUGGAGGCGUCUCUACUCCUUCAAUCACUUCUUCCUACGGAUCGAAGAUGACGGCAGAGUGGAGGGGACGCGGCAGAAGGAGAGCCCAAACAGCAUCAUGGAGAUCAGGUCCGUACAGGUCGGCACCGUGGUCAUCCGGGCGAUCCACAGCGGCUUCUUCUUAGCCAUGAACAGGAAGGGGAAAAUCUACGGGACGAAAGAAUACAGCAUCAACUGCCAGUUCCAGGAGCGCAUUGAGGAAAACGGCUACAACACCUAUGCCUCAUCGCGCUGGCACCACAAAGGGCGCCCGAUGUUCCUGUCCCUCAACGGGAAGGGCGUCCCACGCUGGGGGGCCAAGACGCGGCGGCAACACCCGUCCACGCAUUUUCUCCCUAUGCUCGUCUCCUGAGGGCAGGACUGAGCACCACACGGGACUUGUGUAUGGAUCGCAACAGCCUCCAUUUGAAACUUGUGGGUAUUGGGGAGGGGUAUUUAUUAUUUUUUGUAAAAGUGAAAAAGGAAAACAGAGCGGCCUGCCAAGGCGAGGCAGAAGAUGAGGAAAAGGGACGGGGUCAUGAAGCAAUUAAAAGUGCCUUCAUGGUUCACCUCUGCUUCCCGUUAAUGUUCACCCAUUCCUGCCUUCUUGGGGUAAGUUCCACUUUGAACACAUCCUGAAUUGUGUUCAGAUUUCAAAGGAGCAUUUGAAAGAAUCAAAUCCACUGGGGGGAAAAACACACAU